GCCAUCGCUACUAGGAGCAAGAAGCUACUAGGUGGACUACAAAGCUUCACCACACUUUGCCACUAUAUUCAAGAAUUGCUUUCCUUCUACGGGGAUGCCAUCGACCGGCUUUGCCGUUUAGUUGAGCUUCGAAGUAUGGGCUGGCAUGUUCCAGGCUGACUGGGUGUAUCACGGGAAGCCUUUAAACUUGUUCCAGACGCAUCCUGACUUCAGCAUCUUUUGCUCCUUAAGCAUGUAUGGAGAAGAUCUGAGGACAAUCCAGUGGCCCGAACUGCUGUGGCUGAAGCGCUCACGGACCAACGGUUCUUUCUACGGCCGCGUGACCGAUCCCAACUUUGAGAAGUCCAUCAAGACGCGGAAACCAGUGGACUUCUCUGGACGGAAGACUUGUGCUUUGCGCGCGCGCUUCUGGUUGCGCUGCGUGACGCGGAUGAAGCAAAGCAUCGCCUCAAAGGGUGGAGCCAUGCUGGUAUGUCACGGGAAGCCGGAAGAGGUCUUGGCCAAGCUGCCUGGGGGCUCCCUCGUCGUGUGUCAAAGCGAGCCAGUGUCUCCAGAGCAGACCGAUGUUGAGGAUCAAGUGGCCAAAGCCUUGUCGAGCCAUUGCGAGCUUUGGAGGAAAUGGGGCGCCAUGAGCCUUUACCACCGCAAGGACUUACCCUUCCCGUUGACAGAUGGACCGGGGAGCUACACCGAGCUCGCGCUCACGCUGGGCUGGGAGGACCUCUGGCGCUCCCCGGGCCGUACGGCAGACGCCACCCGAAUCCGACCUCCGGUGGCAGCGCCGGAGGUAUGGCCAAAGGCGGUGGCCAAUCUCGAGCUUCCGGGCAUCAUGUCGGACUUGGUGUUGAACGAUGAGCGGGAGUCCUUGAAGUUCUUGGGUUACACUGCGGAAGAGAUUGAGGAGGACCUGCAGGAGCCCGUCCUGUGGGACUUGCCGACAGGCUAUGGCCCAGCCAAGGGACAUGAUGCCUUACAGUGGGCUAAUCUGGCAAAGCCCGAUGGUUGGUUGAGAAUCUCACACUACAUGGCGGUUGGCUGCAUCUCAGCACGUGAAAUCUUAUCGCGCGCGGAGGAGUCGGUGAACUUCAAUGGCGUGGCGCAUCGUUUGCUCUGGCGAGAGCUGCACCGCCUCAACGCCAUCAGGUGGGGCCGCCGUCUCUUCUGGCUGCAGGGCCCGGGCCGCGUGGAGCGGCCUUGGUCCUGGGACUCCGCGGCGAUCGAGGCAUGGAAGGCUGGUCGCACGGGAGUUCCGUAUAUCGACGCAUGCAUGAGGGAGCUCAAGCAGACUGGCUGGCUGGCUUAUAAAGGUCGCAAGACUGCUGGCUUCUACUUUGUGUUUAUUCUGGGCCUAGACUGGCGUGUUGGCGCCUUUCACUUUGAGGAUGUCCUUAUGGAUUAUGAUGUGGCCAUGAACUAUGGAAACUGGGUGGUUGUGGCAGAGGUGGACAAGAGCAGCCGCGGGGCACAUGGCUUUAAAUCUGUACAGGAUCUUGCUGCAUGGAAGAAGGAAGAGUUUGAGUGGAAGCUAAGCGCAGAGAAGAAGAACGACCCGAGCGGGGAGUAUCUGCGAAAAUGGCUCCCGGAGCUCGGGAAGUUGGACGCGAAGCACAUCCACGAGCCCUGGGCCAUGUCGGAAGAGUCUCGGAAAACUGGUGGCUGUGUCCUGGGCCAGGACUACCCCAAGCCAUUGGGUGGGCCUUUCAGGAUGAGGGAAGAGGAGGAAGAAGAAGAAGAGCGUCGAUUCCAUCCCAAUGACAACAGUGGGAAUCGGUACACGUACAAAGAAUUCAUUGACUUCGCCAUGAGCAAGGGCUAUGAUGCAAAUUUUGGGAAGAAGUGUUGGGAGGAGGCUCGGCCGGUGGCCGCUUUGCAAGAGGAGAAUGAACAGCUUCGGCAACAGCUGCAGGCACCAGGGACACCAGGGGAAAGGACAGGGAAAGGAUCCUUAGAGCAUCUGAUGGAUUUUUUUGCUUCUCGUUAUGGAUCACUCUAG